AUGUCUGGGCCUCGUCCUAGACAGCACUUGGUGCUUCAAAGAAUACACAUGAACCACCUGGUCCCCCGAGUCAAGUUGCGCAAGGCGGACAGAAUAUUGGAGGCCAGGGUAAUCAGGGAUUACAAGACGAUACCCUACAUGGCGGCGACGGCUCUGGCGAGCAUGCCUCCCCUGGAGCUCCAGGCAUUGAUGCACAGGAGAAUAUGGAAAAGGAUGCUGGCACAUGCCAAAUACGGGAGGAGGGUCGUCGAGGCUGUCCAGCCCUGCCUACACGAGUGGGUAGGCAGGGAUUUCGGGACGUUGACGUACAGGUUGACACAGGUAUUCAUCGGGCAUGGAUGCUUCGUGCAAGACUGCCCAGCUUGGGUAGAGGAGCGCGAAGUCGUGGUCAGGGAGUUAGGUCGGGACUUCUCACUCCCAACAGUUGUGAGGUCGAUGUUGGAGAGUGAGAGGAACUGGGGAAUCUUUGCUUCAUUCUGUGAGGCGGUGAUGCUGCAGAAGGAGGCAGCGGAGGAAACCCGCCGGCAGGCGGAAGGGAGGGUGAGAGGACAGGAGGAGAAAACGCCACAGGGAGUGGGAAGGCAGUAG